AUGGGAUCUCCCGAUCUAGAUCAGGACAUCUCGCCUAUCCCCGGUCUCGGGAGGAGAAUCAGGAGCGGUAAGGUCCUUGGAUUGCCUUGGGUUGUUAAACAGAAAACUAAUCUUCCCCUGUACAGAGCCUUCAUUGCGGCUUCGCGCCGCAAAGACCGCAGCUUAGAUGCUCGGCUGGAAUCUGCCAAUCGGGCCUCGAUGCUUCACAAGAAGCGUACCGGCAAGGCCUUCCAUAUCACCAAGGACAUUGUCGAGAAGGAAGCCAUGUAUGAAGAAGUCGACGAGCGAUAUCAAGAGAAACGAAUUCGCAUGUUGCAAGCCCAAAAUAUGCAGAUCGAGGAGCAAUUCCAUCGCCAUCUACUUGCUGCCUUUGCAGCCCGGGCCAACAGCUCGUCCGCCUCGUCAAUUGCCAGUCGUCGCUCCAGCUUGGCCCCGCGCGCCUCCAUCGAUAGCGGCAACUCACGGAAGAUGAGCUUGGACCUAUCCAACUUGCGAACUCCGUUCCCACAAGGAAUGGAUACAGGCUCACUGAGUAGCCCGAUGACCACAGCCACCGAGGCAUAUGUCAUGUCCCCGACCGCCCAUUUCGACCCCCACACCCAGUCCUACAUGCAAUGCAUCGACGGCUCCGAUGCCUCCUCGGCCUACUCAGGCAUGAUGACUUCCGCACCUACGGCACAAAUCCCGGCGUAUGUGACCCAGAGGCAGACCCCGGGACCCAACUGGGCGAACCAGAUGACGCCGUCCUGGGCCAUGCAACAGCAAAUCCCUACCCCAAGCCAGACCCCCACCGAUGCCUCCGCGGUGCACAUGUGGCAGCAGCAGAUGAUGCAACAGGCGCAAAUGCCGACGGACGCCGCAGCCGCCGUUCAGAUGCGCCAGUUCAGAGAUCGUAUGGCUUCGGCGCCGGAACUUCCCGUGCAGCACAUAGCUCCUCAGCCCGCUCCCGCCGCGUCCAUUUCCGGUCCCAGUGGCGGCGGCCACUCGCGUGGAAAGUCGCAGCCCAGCAACAAUAUUCACCAUUUGAAUCUGCUCACGCAGGGUACUCAUCUGGCGCAAAUGGUACCCUCUGGCAAUAGCUCACCCAAGGUCGAGACCUUUUCUGCCGAGACUCAGUCUACACCGGAUUUCUGCCCUACCCCUAACACACCCCUUUCGCCAACUGCCAUCGGAACUGUUCAGGCAGAUCUCUCAUAUAAGCCUGAAGGUGACGGUCUCAUGGUGUCCCAUGAAGAACUGGAUCCGGACUACAACGAGUUCAGCCAGUUUGCGUUGGGCUUAGGCAACUCGUCCCUGCAGGAGCGGGAUUUUAACGGGUUUGACGAUUUUGUUCACCUUGAUGAAUAUGGCUCUGUAUCCUGCUGA